CAACUUUCCUCGCUAUCUCCCUAUAUAAACGCCACAUCCAAAACGUAACUCCCAACACCAUCAUCACAACUAAACCAAAACAAACAAAAAAAAAAAAAACAUUUUUAUUAUUAUAUUGUUUCUUCGUACGUUGUUUGAAAUAUAAUGGAUCGUGUAGCGAAGGCGGCGGCGCAGAAGGCGGUGGUGAUCUUCAGCAAGAGUUCGUGCUGUAUGUGCCACGCAAUCAAGAGGCUGUUCUACGAGCAAGGAGUGAGCCCCAUGAUAUAUGAGCUGGACGAGCUGGAUAGCUACAACAGCCGGGAAAUGGAGCGAGCCCUUCUCCGGCUCGGCUGCAACCCCGCCGUCCCAGCCGUCUUCAUCGGCGGCAGAUUUGUCGGCUCGGCCAACACCGUCAUGACCCUUCAUAUUAAUGGCUCGCUUAAGAAGAUGCUCAAAGAUGCCGGCGCUCUCUGGCUUUAAUUAAUUACCUAAUUUAAGACGCUGUGACUUAUUUAGCAAGGUCACUUUAACUGUACUUUUUAACCAAUACUUUGACCUUGUUGCUACACCUUUUCAUUUUUUUUUUCUUUUACACUCUUUGAUUUUGCACUUUAUAUAUCAAAACAAUAUUAUGCAUAAA